AUGUCUUCAUCUUCUCUUUGUCCACGCGUUGCUAGAACAUAUCUGGCGAAGAUUUCAUCACUUUUUUUUCUUUAUCUCUCUCUCUCUCUCUCUCUCUCUUUCUCUCUCUCUCUUUCUUUCCAUACCUUACUUCUUUCUGUCUUUGUUUUUCUCUUUUUUGCCAGAGACUUUUUAGAUGUUUUAAUUCUAUUCCUUUUUUUCUAUCAUUCUUCUUUAUUUUUCUUUCUUUCUUCCUUCAUUUCUUUUUCAUCUUAUUCUUUAUUUCCACUUUCUUCUUUUCAUGCCAGUUCCUUUUCUUUUUUCAAUUUGAUUUCUCUUUGUUCAUUCCUCUAUAUAUAUAUUUUUUGUUUAUUUAUUCAAAAUACAUUUUUCUUCCAAACCUUAUUUCAAUUUUCUAUGUUAUCUACCGAUUCUCUCCGUUUUUCUUUCUUUUCUCGUUUCAUUUUGUUUUUCUCUUUCUUUUUUCGCUUUCACUUUGUUUUCUAUCUUUUCUUUGAUUAUUUGUUCUUCUUUCUUUCUCAUUCUUUUAAUCAUUUUUGGUAUGUGACAUUAUUUUCGUUUCAUAAUAAAAAUGUAGACAAAAUUUUAUGA